AUGAAUCGUACGAAUACAACUAGUGAUCAACAAGAUGAGGAUACGCCACCUUUAUCCAACAUGACUGACGUCCAUGUCGCGUGGCUCAGCGCUGGUGCCAAUGACGACGUGGCUUCGAUGCGCCAGCUAAAAAGUCAAUUUCCGGAAUGGCUUGGAUUGCAGCGGGUCGUAGGCGAUGAAACGUCGAGCUUGGCGUCUCGACAUCGUUCCUACAGCUGGACGGAAUUUCACUUGGAUACGAUCGGUGCAUCGGCGCUCCACACUUCGGCCUGGAAUGGAGAGCUCAAUACCAUGUAG